AUGUCGGAAGUGCCUGACACGGGCAUUAGUGUUGUUUGGGAAGCUCCAGAGGGGAAAUCAGUCGUUGAGUCAGUCAUACACCUUCUUGAGAUUGCACAUCCAAACCAUUCUAGUGCCGAGCAGACAUGGACGCAGAGAACGGCUCAAAACCCUCGUAGCGAACCAUCAUCAGUAGGGGCUAAGCCUAGAUCCAGAACACAAGCAAAAUCUACCGAACGAGUCCGCUAUGCAACUUCCGAAGAUGAGGUUGCCUCCGACUAUGAGACUGAUAAGGGGCAUUAUCAGCGACCUAUAUUCUGGCCGGCCGAUCUACUUCCAAACGACUGUCCAAAAGCUCGUAUUAUAACAUGGGGCUAUGACAGCAAAAUCACAAAUCACUUCAUGGAUCAGACAAACAAGAACAACAUCUUUUCUCAUGGAAAAGAUCUCCUCUUUGCUCUGGACCGAGAAAGAAAGAUUGAUAAGCCGCUCAUAUUUGUGGCACAUUCUCUUGGAGGAAUUAUGGCUCUUGCCAUCUCAUUCCAAUCCUCAGAGAAGGAAAUAUCCAAUUUCGUAAACUCAACAGCGGCUGUCGUCUUUUUAGGAACGCCACAACGUGGCAGUGCCAAUUUCGCAAACCUUGGAGAUAUCGCACGAAAAGCUGCCAGCUUUGUUGGGAUGGGCACGAAUCCUCUAAUUUUGGAUUCUUUAGGUCUCAAGAAUUCAGACCUCGAGCGUUGCCAGGAUUCCUUCACCAACUUGUGGAGGAUACUCGAUUUUCGUGUAAAAACAUUCCAGGAACCAAAUGCCGUUACCUCUGUUGGUGUAGGCUUGCUAAAUGAAAAGGUCGUUCCGAAUAUAUCGUCAUGCCUAGGUGAUCCGAGGGAGCAUGCGGAGUCCAUUGAAGCCAACCACAUGGAGAUGUGCAGGUUUAGCGGCACUGAUGAUCCAAAUUACCGGAAAGUCGGGGGGGGGGGCUUAGAAAGAUGGCCCACUUUUACUGCCGAGGAAAAGGCCUGCCUCCAAUCAUUGAGUUUCACAGAGCUAGAUACUCGUUAUCAUACAAUCGACACACCACUUGCAGGCACAUGCGAUUGGCUGUUCGAAUUGUUAGAAUACAAGAACUGGCAAAGUCGCGAGAACUUGAACAAUCACCAUGGCCUGCUCUGGAUCAAAGGAAAGCCUGGUUCAGGAAAAUCAAAAAUCAUCAAAGAGGCACUCCAUCGUCUAAGACUGGAGGCUGGAGAGGAAGAGAUUUAUACGGCGAGUUUCUUCUUUAAUGCUCGCGGCGGCGAGCUUGCAAAGAGCCCUCUCGGCCUUUACCGGUCACUAGUGCAUCAGUUGCUAUGCCAGUCUCCAUCACAGCUCUCCUCAUUUCUGGGACGCUAUCGCAGAAAGAGCGAUACACUCGGUUCUGAUUGGGAAUGGCACUCCACGGAGCUUGAAGAAGUCAUUCUCAAUAUGUUCAGUAACCCCAGAAUGGACGCUACUACUCUCUUCAUUGAUGCGCUUGACGAAUGUGCCGACGAUAAAAUGCGAUGCGUUACUGGUUUUCUUGAGAAGUUGACGGACCACGCCUUCAUUAAUGGAGUACCACUCAAUGUCUGCAUCACGAGUCGGGAUUAUCCAACUGUAUGCCUCACCUUUUGUUCUGAGAUUGCCAUGCAGGACGGCAAUGGGACAGACAUAAAACUCUAUGUAGAGCAAAAGCUCUCCAAACACGACCAAUCAUUGCAACCACUAGAAUCUGCCAUAAUUGAGAAAUCUGCAGGGGUAUUCCUCUGGGUUGUUCUUGUGAGGAAUGUACUCGAAAAACAAAUUCGGAGCCUAUCCAAGGGUUUGGUCGAAGUGAAGAUGCACCACCAUUCGGUUAUCCAAGAUUCUCCCCUUGAUGAAACAGACUCUUUGCAUGCUAAUCCUGGAUCCUUGUUUCAAGACAGAGAUGAGGACAGGAUUGUACAGUUUAUUCAUGAGUCUGUUCGGGAAUUCUUUCUUAACGGUGACGGCUUUCACGUUUUCGGUCAACAGACAAAAAUCGACCCCACCGGUACUGGGCAUCUAACGAUCAUGGAGACUUGUCUUGAUUUUAUUAAGAUCACAGAACUGGAUACUUUUAUCCAGGGCCACGCCGAAGCAAAAACAUCAAAAUCGAAAACCCUACGUUCAAUCUUAGCAGACUCAAGUGGUUCUCUCUCAAGUCGCUCUGACGACUUGAGCGAAGCAAGUUUUGCUACUUCUGCCUCAAGUAGCUUGUACGAGAAUAAACGGGCCACAUCAAUCCCGCAAGUAAAAUCAGCCGCGUCUUCCGAUCUCGACUAUGACCUUGUCGACCACGACGAGAUUAGCACUUCAUCAGCCGUACCAAACAGUCGCCAUCUAGGCUCUAAGAAAAAACCAGCACAAGGUGUCCAGAAGAUUAACGCUUCAUCAUCAAUUUCCUUGAAGGGAAGCAAGCCAGUUUCGCAUGAUCAUGCAAAUGCCGAAUCACUUGAAGGGGAAUCUGUCUUGCAAAAUUGGCUGGGCGAUCUUGAGAGCAUUUCCUCGGAUAUGGUUCACAGGACCUUCAGUCAUCAACAGUCCAACACUGGUCAUUCUGAGGAGCUCAAAGAAUACCCUCAGUUUCUACUCUACGCAGAAAACCACUUGUUGGACCAUGCUAUACUUGCCACAAAGUUUGAAAUUUUCGUGAAAAAAGAUAACUGGAAACGGUGGCUUGCCCUGAAGGAAAACAUGCCACAAGACACGACGAUGUUAUAUCAUGCUUGCACGCUCAAUCUCUUCUCUUGGGUUGAGGCCCUUCUUGAUAUGGGCGAAAAUUGUAACAUUGAAGGAGGCAAGCUACAAUUCCCUUUACACGUGGCAGUCAAAUUAGGCCAGAACCAGAUCAUCUCUCUGCUUUUAGAGCAUGGGGCCAACGUAUACUCCAAGGACACCAAGGGACGGACUGCUAUCCACUUUGCGGCUGCAUCAUCAAAUCGUUCAUCCGUCUCUAAGAUUCUUAACGCUAUGGGAAGACAAGGCCAUUUCCCAAAUAGCGAUCGUGAAAAAGUGGUCAAGUCGCAGCGUUCAAAAGGGAUCGGAUCAGAUGGAAACUAUAAUAUAGGUGGCAUCCCGAUUAACUAUGCUCUGAAUGGCAACUUUAUGCUGCGAUGGCCUAAUGUCGUCAGUUCACUGGACACUUCUCUGCGAACUCCACUUCAUUUCGCUACUCAAAACUCUCAUGCGGGCGCCCUGAGAGAGCUCUUGAGGCGGGGAGCUUACGUGAAUGUUCAAGAUAAGCAUGGUGAUACACCCCUCCAUCUUGCAUGCCGCAGGGAUAGGCCCGUCUUGAGCGUAUGUGAAGCUCUUCUCGAGGCCGGUGGAUGGUUCAAUAACAGAAACCAUAAGGGGGAUUCUCCUUUGACUAUUGCUAAGAAGAGCGGACGGGAUGAUUUGGUUCAAUUAAUCACCAGUCAUAACAAUUUCUUGGACAGCGACAGUGAGACCGAAGUUUUUGGAAGGAAAAAAUGA